AGGACACAGCUCUCUCGCAUCACGCACUGCUCCGGGAUCGGCUCUCGGGUGUGUGUGUGUGUGUGUGUGAAGCAGCAUGCGCGCGUGUUCUGCAUCAGUGUGUCAUUGACUCCGGCUCUGCAAGGAUCUUCUCACAGCAUUGCGGUGACUGGAGAAGUUGUGCGGGAUAGGCUCAUCUUUCCACUGCGGUCUCGUCUGUCUCGAUCGCCUUCAUGAGCUCUGCUGUUAUUCGUCCAGUCGAUCAUUUCAAUCCUCCUGACAUAUAAAGCGGUCGUUCUUCGACAGAGGAAUAUAUCCUUAUUAACGAACACAAGGGAUGUUUCUAUUUUAAACCGGAGAGCUUCACCUCUUCAGAAGUCAUGGGACUCGGUCAGUCCAGCAGGACGUCGGUCACCGAUGACCCAGAGGAGGUCAACUUUGACCACUUUCAGAUCUUGAGAGCCAUUGGUAAAGGCAGUUUUGGCAAAGUGUGCAUCGUCCAGAAAAAGGACACAAAGAAAAUGUAUGCCAUGAAGUAUAUGAACAAACUCAAGUGCGUCGAGCGUAAUGAAGUGCGCAAUGUCUUCAAAGAGCUCCAGAUCAUGCAGAACCUAGAGCAUCCAUUCCUGGUCAAUUUCUGGUACUCGUUUCAAGACGAGGAGGACAUGUUCAUGGUAGUUGACCUGCUGCUGGGAGGAGAUCUGCGUUAUCAUCUACAGCAGAACGUGCACUUUACAGAGAGCACAGUCAAGCACUACGUGUGUGAAAUCGCCCUCGCUCUGCACUACCUGCGAAACAAACACAUCAUCCACAGAGACAUUAAGCCAGACAACAUUCUGCUGGAUGAGCACGGUCAUGCUCACCUGACAGAUUUUAACAUUGCUGCUAUUGUGAAGGAAGACUUAAAAGCCACAUCUAUUGCGGGGACAAAACCAUACAUGGCUCCAGAGCUGUUCCAGUCGUUCGAGGGAACACACCCGGGUUACUCUUUCGCAGUGGACUGGUGGUCUUUAGGGAUCACUGCGUAUGAGCUUCUCCGUGGACAGAGGCCGUACAUCAUGCGCACCAACACACCAGCCAAUGAGAUCCUGCAGACUUUCCACAAAGCGCACCCCUGUUACUCUGCGGCCUGGUCUACAGGGAUCAAAUCACUCUUACCAAAGCUGCUGUGUGUCAAUGCUCAGAAGAGGAUUUCCAGUCUCUCGGAGCUCCAGAACCUGGAAUACCUCUCUGAUGUCAACUGGGAUGCUGUGCUCAGCAAACAAACCCCACCUGGCUUCCUCCCUAAUAGGCGUCGACUAAACUGCGACCCCACAUUUGAGCUGGAGGAGAUGAUCCUGGAAUCCAAACCGCUGCAUAAGAAGAAGAAGAGGCUGGCGAGGAAGACGAGGGAGAGCGGCUCUGAUGGAUCUCCUCAGAAUGGGCAACUCCAGCUGCGCUUAGAGAGUGUCCAAAGAGACUUCAUCGUCUUCAACAGGGAAAAGUUGAGGAAAAUCAAAGCAGACGCUGAGACCAACAACCUCAAUGCAGAAGAGACAAACAAAGCCAUUCAAGAUGGACACAACAACAACGUUCAGCACUGUUUAUCAAGUUAACGUCUGGACAGCGUUCCUCCUUCACUCGAAGCUGACGGCGGAUGCAGCCAUGGACUCCAUCCACCAAAUGCAUGAGAAAAUCCAUACUGGGAGACUGCAACAUCACGGAUUCGAGAAGGAAGCAUCUGAAUUAACUGACAGCGUAUGCUGCUUAACAGUGACAGGCUGACUACACAAUCACACACAUACAGAAAGAACUGAAUGAUGCACCUGGCUGUGAAAUGUGUGCCUUACUAGUUUAAUGGAUUUCUCUAAUUUCCCAGAUUCACUUGGAGGCACGUGAAGAUGUACUGUUGUCUUGUUCAGCAAGUGAUCAGACUCCAGCCGUUCACCAUGAUUUAUAAAGCUGCUCUUGUUAACAUACAAACACAGAGAACAGAAUGCAAAGAUAUUCAUUUCACAGGAUUCGUUCAAAUGAUGUAAAUGUGAACCUUAUGGAGCUGCAGAGCACUGUCAUUCAUGCCACUGAGCGCAUUAUUUGGCCUUUCUGGUUCUUUAGCCUUUUUUGGAGAUUCAUUGCUGGAUUGUGUUGCUGACUUAAGAUAUUGACCACACUGUACAGAUCAAACAAUAAUAAAAUUAUUUAACAGCAUCAUCUGACAA